CACGAGACAGGAGGACACGCUCAGAAAAUGCUCAGUCUCUGAGCAUUUUCACCACGACAGCGGAGCUCGCCCCUGGCACAGGUGAGAGGAAACUUUGGCCCCUUCCCGGUGCGGAGUGUCCGGAUUUGCGCUUUUACGCACAGCGGAGAGCCACCAUGGGGGGAGUGGGAGUUUGAGCUCCCCGAGUCCGCGGACCUGGACUGACUGGACGGCGGGUCGUUGAAGAGUUGAGCGCUCGGUCUGCAGCGGUGCUCACGAUGUUCCAGCACGGCGGAAACAAGAAGUGCUUCACCAUCGAGUCUCUGGUCGGGAAGGACGGGAGCAGCCACGGCGGCGGCUCCGGGGAGGAGCCCAUCCGGCCCACGGCGCUGCGCUUCCCGGACUCCCUGCACCCGGCCGCUGCCGCCGGAGUGUUCGGCUCCUGCUUCCAGGGGAGCAACGGGAGGACUUUGUUCCCGGACAUGGUGCUGCAGGAGCCCGGUACACACGCGCAGGGCCCCGGCGGGCUGCCGCUGCACCCGCUUCAGAUCCCCCCGCAGAGCUUCUUCAGCCCGCAGCACCGGGACGCGCUCAGCUUCUACCCGUGGGUGCUGCGGAGCCGGUACCUGGGACACCGCUUCCAAGGUGAGGACAGCAGUCCGGAGAACCUGCUGCUUCACGGUCCAUUCUCCAGGAAACCCAAACGGAUCCGGACGGCGUUCUCGCCCUCGCAGCUGCUCCGCCUCGAGCGAGCCUUCGAGAAAAAUCACUACGUGGUCGGAGCCGAGAGGAAGCAGCUGGCCAGCGGGCUGUGCCUGACCGAGACACAGGUGAAGGUGUGGUUUCAGAACCGCAGGACGAAGCACAAGCGGCAGAAGUUGGAGGAAGAGUCUCCUGAAGCUCAGCAGAAGAGGAAGGGCAGCCAGCACGUGAGCCGCUGGAGAGCCGCGACACAGCAGGCCGGCGGCGAGGACGUGGACGUGAUCAGCGAGGACUAGAGCGCAGCGAUCGCACCGUCACGAAGCUGUCGAUACACAGAAACACACACACACAUACAGAAACACAGAAACUGCUCCAGGGUCAGGAUAGCUGGAACGCACCUGCAGGACUUUAGUGUGUUCAGGCACCUCAGAAGGUACACAGCUUUUAUUUUGAAAGGCACUCCAGUUCAGUUCUUUGCAUGAGGUGAAAUAUCAGCAUCAGGACAAUCAAAUCUGCUUUUCAGGUAGUUUACCAGGGUGUAAAUAAGUUCACCUUUAAUGUGAUUUGAAGUCACUUGAAUAAAAUGAGCCAGAUUUUUCAUCCAGGUAAAAUAAAGCGGGCGGAAGCGCCAAAGCUUUCAGUCGGACGUUAAAACCAAACUGAAGCAGCUUCAGUUCACAUGAAACACAGUGCAUCCUUAUGUCCGAGAGCCUGGACAGUAGACGCACCACGAGGCCCUCCUCAGCCCUCAGUGUCUGAGGUGCAAUGUAAAUUAUUCUUAAUCUGACAGAAUGACUGGCGACGAUCCCCUCGAUCUUAUUUUGGAAGUUCACUAAAUGCUAACUCGCUCGCCCCGCCUCUUCCUGUAAAUCACUGUGUUUUAGAAAUUUUAGAGACCCAAAAAUAUUUAAUCCCUGUGAAGGCUUUUUUUUUUGUACCACAACAUUAGGACAGUUUUUAUCUGGAGACUCAUAGCACGCACACACACGCACACACACACACACACACACACACACACACACACACACACACACACACACACACACACACACACACACACACACACA